AUGGUUCAGCCGCACGAGGCAUUCCAUCCGUCUUCGCCGCCCAGCGAGGGCGGUGCUGACUCCUACAACCACGAGGGUACGCCAGACACCCGUCUGACAGCCUUCUCUCCCCUGGAGGAGUCUUCCAAGUCCUCCCGCCUCUUCAGUGCUCUCACCCUGAGCGAUGGAAACGACAGAGGUCAGUCCAUCGAGUUCCAGAGUCCCACCGGCACUCACCACGUCACCUCACCCACCUCGUUUGGGCCUGGUGCCAGGGACAAGGACCCCUUUGUCAGCUCCCCUCCCGAGAAGCGUCAAACGAAACUGUCAGCUACUGCCUCAACUUUCAAGCCUCUCUCCACCCCGGUUGUUUCCACGCCCGUCGUUGCCUACGGCUCGUCUAGUGUCACUCCCAAGCCUCUCGGACGCACUGUGGCCACAGUUACUGUAUGCCCAAAGACCGGUCUGCUGUUGGCGCCGGCCUUGAGCCACAACACGGGCUUGACCCGUUCCUUGCGCGUCUCGUCGCCGGAAGGUGUGUCUGCAGACGCAGUCAGACACUACCUCGAGACUCUCGAGGCGUGCAGCGCUCCCUUCCAAGGGCAUCCUGACCUUCCGUUCGCCCACGGCCCAAAGGAGGUUUACAUCCGUGCCACGAACAUCAGAGAUGCUUCACGAAUUCUGAACGGCUCCAAUCGCAAGCCUGACGACUGGAAGAUUGAGUGUGUCUCUGCCGAAGACGUCAACAAGUCAUGCGGGUAUGAGCUGGCCAGCAAGCAUGAAUGCCAGCAAACCCUUACCAUCCUACCCUCUGCUGAUCUGAGCGAGUCUCAGAUUGAGGCCAACAUACUCACGCACUUCAAAGAUCGCGGUAUCUACGCCUUGGAGCCACAGACCUCCAACAUUGCAGACACCCUUCACUGGAUCAUUGAAUUCGACGACCUUGAUCCCGCUUGGGUCACCGAGACUAUGGACAAGGGCUGGGUCCCGGUUGCGGACGUUUUCUACAUGAUGAUGUCGCCGUUCGGUCUGGAUGGCAAGACUCCACCAGGUGUUAACUGCUGCGCCCAGCUGCACUCGCCCGCCGUGACCAGCACUGGAAGUUUUGAUGCCCCGAACGGACUGGACAGCAUGCCACUGAUGAGCUCGCCAUUGGCAAUGCAGUCCAUGGCUGGAGCUGCAUUUCCCCCGGCUCUAUCAUUUGGCAACCCGAUGCACAUGACCUCCUGGCCAAUAUACCCAUGGCCCAAUGCUGUGCAUUCACCGCAGAGCAGCUACCCUGGCUUCAUGUCUCCUGGUCCUAUUCAAACGGCUACCCCUUCGCAAUUCCAGAUGUCGCCGAUGUCAUCGCACCAGUCUCCAGGUGCGGCGUCACCAAAGACAAACAUGUUCGGCCGCCCAUCUCCGACCUUUCAGCGCUCUGAGGGACGUCGAAACGCUGCCAUGCGUAUCAAUCGCACUCAGUUCAGCCCUCCAAGCCCUCAUCACAACCACGUCGACAUCAAUAGAAUCAAAGCAGGCACUGAUGUCCGCACCACAAUCAUGCUCCGCAAUAUCCCCAACAAGGUGGACCAAAAGAUGCUCAAGCGCAUCGUCGACGAGUCAAGUUGGGGCAAAUACGACUUCAUGUACCUGAGAAUUGACUUCGCCAACGACUGCAAUGUUGGCUACGCAUUCAUCAACUUUGUCGACCCCCUCGACAUCAUUGAUUUCGUCAACAAGCGGGCCAACAAGCGGUGGAACUGCUUCAGAAGCGACAAGAUCGCCGAGAUCUCGUACGCCACCAUCCAGGGCAAGGACUGCCUUGUUCAGAAGUUUCGAAACAGCUCUGUGAUGUUGGAGGCACACCACUACCGCCCCAAACUCUAUUACACCACGAAUGGUCCCGUGCCAGAGUUGGCUGGUAUCGAGGAGAUCUUCCCAGUGCCAGACAAUCAGUCGAAGAUGAAGCGAAGCUGUGAGAACGCGGAGCAUGUUGGCCUUUUCACACCCAAUGCUGGCCAACAGUUCCGUGAUGAGCAGCGCCACCGCAGAUCCCAAUACGAUCGAGGUACUCGGCUUGCGGCACUUGAAGAGUGUGACACUUUCGACGUGUACCCUCAAGAGGCCGUCCACUAG